AUGAUUUUUUCUUGUUUGUUCACUCUUGUCAGAGAUCUAGUUCACUGAGGAAGAGAGUCAUUACCGUCAAUGAUAUACGACCUCAUUAUAUAAUAAGCCCCUGAAAAAAAAAAGAAAAAACGAAAGAAAGAAACAUGUCUCUUCUAUUUAAAAAGUUCUAUUUACGAAAUAUUAACAUAUGUAAGCGUUUUAUUGUUAAAAAUCCAUUGACACGUUUUAGUAGUACACAGUUUUUAAGAAUGGAUUUUAGCCUUUUCGAUUAUGAUUGUAUCGGGUUCGACCUUGACAAUACCAUUUGCGAGUACAACAUCGGAAGUCUGGUUCGCAUGGAGUAUAGGAUGCUCACUGAGUUCCUCGCGCGUAAAGGCUACCCGGGGGAAGCGUUCAGGAAGGAGUUGAACGAAGACGACGUCGAUUUUCUCCAGCGUGGCUUGCUGUUGGAUUUCGCCAGGGGUAAUGUUUUGAAACUGAGCAAAGCGUGUACGGUUUUGAAAGGUUACCACGGCACUAGAAUGUUGACCGAGAAGGACAUUAAAAAAGACUACGGGGAUAAAGAGACGUUUGAUUUUUUGGAAUGUUUCAAAAGCGAUAUGACGAAGGCUUGGGAGCCGGAGAAUCAAACCAGAUAUAGAUUACUUCUCGAUUACUUCGACAUGCCCGCUUCUUUAGCGUUCGCCAAUUGUGUCGAUUUUGUGAACGCCUCAGGCGGAGAGACGUACACGAAGUGCGGACAGGAUGUUAUCGAAGGAUUACGCUAUAUGUUCGGGAGGGAGAACUUUGCAGGAUCUUCGAGCACGUUCUUCAAAGAGUUAAAAACGAAUCCGAAGAUGUAUAUCAAUCCUUGUUCAAAAGAUUUACUCAAUUGGCUGAGGGUGCUCAAGUCAAAGAAGAUACUUUUUCUCCUAACUGGAUCAAAUGCUGACUAUGCGAACUUCACCGCUAAGAAUUGUAUAGGCGAUGAGUGGCGGGAGUUUUUCAACAUCGUCGUCUGUUUCGCUCGCAAGCCGAUUUUCUUCACGCAAAAGAACCCCUUUCUUGUCACAGAAAACUUGCAAGAGACUCAGACCCAAGCGAUGCUUUCCAUGGAUCAAGUAUACAGCCAAGGCAACUGGGAAGAACUGUACGAAUUCUUCAAGAAAACUACCGGAAAGGAUAAACCAAAAUGUAUAUAUUUCGGGGACAAUUUGGUCGAAGAUGUCUAUGCGCCUUUUAAGUUCAACUGCUGCGACACUGUAGCGAUUACAGAAGAACUGGACGAGGACGUCCACCCCUGGCCGGAAUUCCUCUCGUCAAACAAAUGGGGUUCGUUCUGCGAUUUCCACUCAUUGUGGCCUAACGUAAUGAGGGACAACUCCAAACUUUAUCUUCCCAAUGUUCGCACCCUUGCAACCGCAAUGGAAGACGAGAUGGACGAAAUAUACGAAUAUUAAUAAAAGCAUCGAUCAAUUUUGCCCCCUA